AUGUGGGCGGACACUCAGUCUCCCGACCAGCCUCGCAAGAGGUUCAGAGAGGAGGAGGACGACUACGAGGUGUCUCCGGGCGGCCCGGAAGGGUUCACCGAACACAGAAGCAAGCGCCUCCAAUCCCUCCCGCUUAGGACAUCUCCGAACUCAAAGCGAUGGAUGGACCGGCCAAGUUUUCCUUUGUCUAACCCGACUUAUGCCUCGUUUCGCCAGGCUCAGACCCUCACACCCGACGAGCCGAUGCAGGAGGGGAUGUGGGCGGAUGAGCCCGAGUUAGUUCCCGCGAAUUCGUCCAGCAACAUUCCCGCAGAUGCAUUCGAUUGUGAUAUGGACAUGAUGGAUGCGUCGGAGCCGCUCGUGGGGCGCCAUCAGCCCGGUCUCGAAGGCCGACCCGAUCUUCGAGAGGAUCCCUAUACGCCCGCUCCCAGCGUUACGGGCCGCAUACCAACACCGAUCCACUGCAGUUUUGCUGCGCAAGUACGGGGUAGCAGCUGGACCGGCGGGAACCCAAUGCCUAUGCACGGCGACGUCCUUGCGACCACACCCGAGGAGCCGAAAGCGGCGGCCUUUAGCAGCAAUGGCAUGGUGGACGUGUCUGCUCCGCAGCCAAGCGCAGCAGCAGUUAUGGCGGACUGGGGCAUGGUACAAAACCGGCGGCUUCCAUCGCCGAUAAGCGAGUGCGGCGUGGAAGACAGCGUGGAGAGCGCUCGGAUGGCGCUCGACUCGACGUCCAUGUGUCACGGCGGCCGCGGCCCCUUGAGUCACCACAUCACGCACGAGCACCCGCUGGUGGCCAGCCUCCCGCCGCCACGCUCUAGCUCGGCGGUCGAGGUGCGGUUCGCGCAAAGGGAGAACACACCCGCAGCGCCGGAGAACGGCCAGAAUGGUAAUGCCAUGGACGUCGAGUCGUCCGUCGGGGGCACCUCGCCGUCACCCAAGAAGGGCCACACGAGGUCCAAGCACACGCUCAACUCGUGGACGGCGCUGCAGCCCGGCAUGACGCGGUCGUUCAGUAUAGGGUACCGAGCCGACUGCGAGAAGUGCCGGAACAAGGUGCCCGGACACUUCAACCAUAUCAUCAUCUCGUAG